ACUGCGCAUGCGCGGCUCCCGGAGCAACACGGUGGAUCACCGAUCAACUGAAAGAGCCGAAGAUGUCGGCUCGGUCAUGUGAUCAGCUGUGUCCAAUCACAGCUGAUCACAUGGGACAUGUACACUGAUCAUCAGAGCACUGAUGAUCAGUGUGCCCUGAUGAUCAGUGUAGUCCCAGGAGUGCCACCUGUCAGUGUCCAACAGUGCCAGCUGUCAGUGCCCAUCAGUGCCACGUGCCAGUGCCCAUCAGUGCAACAUCAAUGCCACAUAUCAGUGCCUACCAGUGCACAUCAAUGUCACAUAUCAGUGCCCAUAUGAGCCGCCUUUCAGUGUCACCCAUCAGUGCCGCCUAUAUGAUUGCUGCCUUUCAGUGCCCAUCAGUGA